GCCGACCAGUCCAUUUACAAAAUCCCCAUUCAAGUUUUGUGUGUCGAGCGGAGCGCGUCUAUUGAUCAGGCAGAAGAGACGGCAGUCUUUCUUGUGGAUUUACUCCCUUUAUCGGUAUUCAUUACGUCCAGCGUGUGCACGGCGUCUUCUGUGAGAGAAAAGAGACACCAUAAAGCAGCUGUCGCUUUUAAGCGAAGACCCUGUUCUGGGAACUUUUGAAGACCCAGGUAACAUGGACGGAUUUUAUGACCAGCAAGUACCAUUCAUGGUCCCAUCUAAUCAGAAAUCAUCUCGAGUGGAAGAACCAUGCAGCAGAGCAGUCAGUGACAGGAAAAGAAAGUUUGUAGACUCCGAGCUCGCUCAGGACACAGAAGAACUCUUCCAGGACCUCAGCCAGCUGCAAGAAAUCUGGAUUGCAGAGGCCCAGGUGCCCGACGAUGAACAGUUUGUCCCAGAUUUCCAGUCAGAUAGCCUGAUGUUUCAUGGUCCUCCACCAGCCAAGAUUAAACGGGAACUGAGUCCUUCCAAAGAGCUCUCCCCCUGUAGCCAGGACCGGAGUCCCAUGCCGUACGGAGAGAAGUGCCUUUAUAACUACAGUGCCUAUGAAAGGAAACCUUCAGCUGGGUUCAAGCCAUUGACCCCUCCCUCAACGCCUGUCUCACCAUGCAGCUCCACCAACACUCCGGGGACACACCCAAUGCACGAACAGACUCCUCCCCCAGUCCCUAACCCUACAUUAGGCCAGAGGCCUCUUCAUGGACAGCCUGCUGUGAGCAACUCCACCCACAAUCAGAGGUCACUCCCACUACACAGCCAGACGCCACCUUUUGCAGUGCCGUGUCCACCUCUAAACCAUGAUGCCCCCUUUAAUAAUGAGCAUAGGUUUCAGCGACAGCUUUCAGAACCUUGUUUGCCAUUCCCACCUUCUGAGACCCAGGGAAGACCAAACUUCAUUCCCCAGGCACCAAGCACUUCAACCAGAGAUGGACGGCCACCUUAUCAUCGGCAGAUGUCAGAGCCUCUGGUUCCUGUGCAUCCUCAGGGCUUUAAACAGGAGCUGUUGGACCCUCGCUAUGCUGAGCAAGGAGUCCCCAACAUGGGUCCGCCUCAGGCUGCCUUCCACCCUAUGGCCAUCAAGCAAGAACCGCGAGACUUCUGCUUUGACUCUGAAGUGCCUAACUGUCAGUCUUCAUUUGGGAGGGCAGCUAGCUUUUACCAAAACCAUGAAAAUUUUUCAUUUGACAGAGAUCAGCACUUAUAUUACGAUGACACAUGCGUGGUUCCUGAGCGACUUGAAGGGAAGGUAAAGCAAGAGCCCUCUGUGUAUCGCGAUGGCCCACCUUACCAGCGCCGUGGCUCUCUCCAGCUCUGGCAGUUUCUGGUUACUCUCCUUGAUGACCCUGCCAAUGGUCAUUUCAUUGCUUGGACAGGGCGUGGAAUGGAGUUCAAACUCAUUGAACCAGAAGAGGUGGCUCGACGUUGGGGCAUUCAGAAAAACAGACCAGCCAUGAAUUAUGACAAGCUGAGUCGUUCCCUGCGCUACUACUAUGAGAAGGGAAUCAUGCAGAAGGUUGCAGGUGAGAGGUACGUUUACAAGUUUGUAUGCGACCCUGAGGCCCUCUUCUCCAUGGCCUUCCCAGACAACCAGAGGCCCAACCUUAAGGCUGAUCCUGACGCCCUGUCUGGGGUGGACGAUGACACGCUACCCCUCACUCACUAUGAUGAAGGAGCCCCUUAUUUGGUAGAUUCAGGGGAGCAAAGUGUAACUGGGAUGCCCUUCCCUGAUGGCUAUGUGUACUGACUCUCAUCCCCAAUACAGAACCUGAACUGCUGAGCAGACUGGAACAUGUCUGUCCCCACUGCCUCAACUUCUCCUGCCCUGCUGUCCAUUUACAGAUUAGCCCUCCCCUAAAAAAAUAACAUUGAAAAAUUAAAAAUAAUGAGUGAGGAGAAAUCUGCAAACCACCUGGUCUCUGGUUUCAACCCAUGAGAAGGUGUCGGGGAAGUGAGGGAUGCCUGGACUCCUGUGGCUCAACCUGCCUUGCGGUAGAUGGGUAUCUGUUGUCUCAGAAGAUGAGGAGUCAGGAGCCAAAUAGUGCCGAAGGCCCGACUGGUCUUUCUGUGCAGUCUGAAAGAAUUGUAGCAAUUCUGUUUUGACAAUCUGGAUGAAGUGACAAUGUUAAGAGGUGUCCAAAAAAAAAAACAGCACUAUUCAGUAGCUGCCCUUUUGGCCCUGAUGGUUUUGUGUUACCUCUAAAUCAUCCAUAAGAAUUCAAAAGGGCUUUAUUUUGCAAAGGAAAAAAACAGACCCAUUUUGUUUCUUUAGAGUUGGUUAGACUUGUUUAGAGAGCUGGUUUUUAUACAACACUUUUGUUCAACUAAAUGCAGGACCGCUUCAAACCUGUUGAAUUCCUACAAAAACAUACUGUUUUCUAUUGUUGGUUUGUUUUGGUCAUUGAAGUUUUUAAGUGUUGUGGGGUUGUUUUGUAUCAUUAUCUCUCUCUCUCUCUCUGCUGGAUAACUCGAUUUGUUGAUCUGUAAUGAAGCUAAACCAGUGGCACUCUUAAGGACACUCGAUCAUAUUACAGGGACUGUUAACUCAUUCUUAAACACAAUUCCAUAUGCCUUGUCACUCCCUGAGAAAAUAAAUUUGGUACAGUGAGGUAUUAAGAUUUUUCUCACAAAGAAUAUUCAAAAGGGAUGCACUAGACAAAUUUUCAAGAGGAUUUUAUCCUCUGACUGCAUUAAAAUAUUUAAGGGUCAAAGUUUAUAGUCUGUUUUUGUAUUAUUUUUGGCUUAUAUUUCUUUGGCACUGUACUAGUUUUAAAAUGCACCAAGAUGGCAGGAACGCCAGGGCCUUGCAUGCAAUAAGGUGAAAACAUCUUCUCCUGGACUUCACUGCCAAUUUAAAAGUUGACAAAAGACCACUGCUUCUUUUUGCAUGGUGUACUCAACUGGCAACUAUCCACUAACAUAUCGCUUUAUGCUGGACAAGGAAGAAAUUAUGUUCUCUGCAUUUUUUUUUUUUUCUUUUUUUGGAAAGAUGAACCUAUAUAAAUAUAUAUUUUUGCAAAGUCUGCAUUGGUUUCAUUUUAUUGUAUCAGCUGUAUAGUAUUGCCUAUGUUUUAAAAUCUGGAUGCCUGUGGUGCAGUCAUUGCAGAACCAGUGAGUGCAUACUGGACACCCUUUCUGCUGGGGUAGAGGGCAACACCUUGUAAUGAGAAUUUAUCUUGUAUGUUAAGAUUUCUCAUUGAACGAGGCGCUAGUUAAUCUCCACCAGUUAAGGGGUAGUCUGCACUUGUAUAGGCUUCACCUUCUCCCUUCACAACGUGUACCUUUACACUGCUACGUUUAUAAUCUGUACUGGGUACAAUAAACUGUCCUUUCUGCUUCACUUC